AGCAAACAUGGCGACAGGACAAGAUGGGAAGGCUGGUAGUACCUCGGAGGUGGAUCUCUUACUGCACCCCGAGCUGUUAUCUCAGGAUUUUAUGCAGAUGAUUUUAAACGAGAAAAAGGUCAGUACCAGAGAUUGCACGAGUCGGGACCGGCUCACAGAGCUUUACCUUCAGCAUGUCAUCCCGCUACCGCAGAGGACUUUACCCAACAGCCGCUGGGGCCAGAGGGUGCAGAAGACCCGGGGGAAACCGACCAUGGCCGGCCACCGGGCAGACAGUACUGGUAACGACCACAAUAGGAAAAGGCCUCUGAUCGUAUUUGAUGGCAGCUCUUCUCACUCUGGCCUACUAAAAGUGAAGAAACCAGAAGGGUCAACAGGAAUCACUGACCGAUUAAAACCUCCUCCAGCUGCAAACUUGUCCAACCCCAUCCGCAGGCUAUCUGGCAACACAUCUUCCUCCUCCUCAUCCAUCCAGAUGUCUGUGUGCAACAAUGACACAGCAAACCUCAAACGAGACGCAAACAGCUCGGGUCUGAAGUCUCCAGAAGUGAAGAAAAAGAUCCAGCAUGUGACAUGGCCCUGACCUCUGACCCCUGUUCAUAUAGACCUGAUGAGAGCUUAAGUACUGGCAGACUGAUCACUCCCCUCUCAUCAAUGAACACCAAACGUUGUUGCCCUCUACCUUUGCUCUCCUUUUCACAGUUAACCCAUUAAUUGCAUCCCAAGAGGGAUGGAAACUAUUUUAACUGUGUGUAAAGGCCGCCUCUCUGCUCUCGUUCAGUUUUGAGGUUGGACAGGAUGGAGUGGUGCUCCAAAGAUCGCCCUGCGUUUGAAGACAUAAGCUUCCUUGUUGCUGUCGACAACACCAAGUGCCCUUAUAUCAAUAAUCAGCAACUAUCUGCUAGUCCCACAAAUGGAGAUCAUCUAUAGGACAAACCGACUCAGAUCAAAUUGGGACUGUUCCUAUUUGUUUCUGUUCACAGGUUGAUUCAUGUGAGAGGGUCUUGCUCACUGGUUUGCAAGGGUGACACAGUGAAUUUCUUGCUUGGGUUUUAUUUAAAAUG